AUUCCGAACCAAUAGAAGGCGGAUGCCUUAACAAGAAGAUGGCACAGUCUACUCCAGGCUUUGUUCAAUCUUCUUUUCAUGACAUUGUCGAUAUUAGUGAUAAGGAUGUAAACUCUAACGAUUCCAAACCAAUCAAAGACAUGUACCCCAAUAAGAAGAUCGCGCCAUCUACUCCCAACUUUGCUCAAUCCCUUUUUCAUGACAUUAUCGAUAUUAACGAUGAGGAUGUAAACUUUAACGAUUCCAAACCAAUCGAAGACGGAUGCCCCAAUAAAAAGAUGGCGCCAUCUACCCCAGGCUUUGCUCAAUCCCCUUUUCAUGACAUUAUCGAUAUUAUUAAUGAGGAUGUGAACUACGAUUCUAAACCAACCGAAGACAAAUGCCCCAACAAGAAGAUGACGCCGUCUACUCCAGGCUUUGCUCUAUCCCCUCUUCAUGACAUUAUCGAUAUUAGUGAUGAAGAUGUAAACUCUAGCGAAUCCAAACUAAUCGAAAACGGAUGCCCCAAUAAGAAGAUGGCGCCGUCUACUCCAGGCUUUGCUCAAUCCCCUUUUCAUGACAUUACCGAUAGUAGUGAUGAGGAUGUAAACUCUAACGAGUCCAAACCAAUAGAACAUGGACGCCCCAACAAGAAGAUGGUGCCGUCUACUCCAGCCUUUGCUCAAUCCCCUUUUUAUGACAUUAUUGAUAUCAAUGAUGAGGAUCUAAAUUCUAACGAUUCCAAACCAAUCGAAGACAAAUGCCCCAACAAGAAGAUGGCACCGUCUACUCCAGGCUUUGCUCAAUCUUCUUUUCAUGACAUUAUCGAUAUAAUUGAUGAGGUUGUGAACUCUAACGAUUUUAAACCAAUCAAAGAUGGAUGCGCCAAAAAGAAGAUGGCGCCGUCUACACCAAGCUUUGCUCAAUCCCCUUUUCAUGAUACUAUCGAUAUUAGCGAUGAGGAUGUAAACUCCAACGAGAUUCCAAAAGUUAAAAAGGUUUCUGGUUCAAGAAAGCGUGGUGAUUUGACUAAAAGUCAGUGUUCUUCUAAGAAUAACCUCCAAAAGAGUAAUCUAGAACAUACUGUUGAAGAACAUAUGGACGAGUUUAGAGUUCAUUCAUCAAAUACUAGAAGCACUAAAAGAAAACGGGCUGCCAAAAUCAUUACUAGUGACGAUGAGGCCGGUUAUGACGACAACGCUCCAAUUCGCACGCUAAAAACACAACAUAGCUCUCGGGUUAGUUCAGAUUUAGAGGAAGAAGUUAAAGAAAAUGUAAGUAGGAGGCACCUAACGAGGCUGAGGAAAUCAGAAUCCAAAAACAAACAACAUGAAAGCAGUAUUGACUUGAAUCAAACCGAUAGUUCAAGCGAGGACGAGGAAGAUAAUGAUGGCGUAGAUGAGUUAGAGAGUGAAGGUGAAAGUUUGGGUGGAUUUAUCGUUGACGGUUCUGAAAGUGUUUCUAAUAGUGAUUCUGAAAGUAGUGAUAGCGCUGAUCAAUCUGAAGAUGUGUUAAAUGAAUAUAAAGAAACUUUGGAUAUAAUUCGCAGGAAAAAGGUUCCAAAUCUAAAGUGGGAUCUAGAGGGAGAUAUGUUAUCUGAUUUUGGUAAAGACCCGACAUUCUGUUUGAGGGCGGUGUGUGCUCUUUAUAGGCGACAAACAGCGGAUGAGAAAGAAUCUAAAAAAACAAGACACCUAAACGAGCGAGGGUUUAGCAAGACAGAUGCAGCCAGGGGUAGUAAGCUGGCUGAAUUUCUCACGGAUGGAGAUCCUGACGGCGAUCUUGUCAAAACGGUGGAAGAACUGUUGGAAUAUGACCCGAAUGGGCUCAAACUAUGCAGGGCACUUGCAACUAAAUACUCAAGACAGUUAUUUGAGAUUUACCAGAAUGGAGAAGAUUCUUAUUUCUCGCCACAAUGAUAAGUUGCUGUCAAACAGGUUUAGGGCGUAUUUCGCAUAUGAAUAUAUGAUACAUGUUACUUGUGGUGUUACAUAUUUGCAGUUUGCAUCAAUUCAGAUAUUUAUUUUUUUGAUAGUAAA